AUGUCUGUACAUCCAUUUAUUUAUUCCUUCUUCUCUCUUCCUUCCUUAAAGAUGCCAAACACCAGUGGCCGGCAGAAACAUGGCAGAAGGGCUCGAAGGCGCCGCAGAGUGGACCCUGCCAGAGAUGAGCUCGUUUCUAGCUCCCUUGAGAGUGCCCAACAGUGCCUGUUCAGCCAAGAUUAUGGAACGGCGUUUGUGCACUACCUUCUCGUUCUCAACCUCGCACCCGUGUUCAAGGAAUUUGCCAGGGACUCUUUCAGGUUCACUCUCUUCAAAUGGGCUGAAGAGCUGGACUCUCUGGGCCGCAUUCAGGAUCUUUUUGACUGCUAUGAACAAGCGCUGGAAGUUUUCCCUGCUGACGAGGUCAUCCUGAACAGCAUGGGAGAACACCUGUUCCGAAUGGGAUUCAGAGAUGAAGCUGCAGGUCAUUUCCACAAAGCCUUAAAGUUGAGACCAGACUAUUUAGAAGCCAGAGAGAACUUCUACCGUGUGGCCAACUGGCUCGUGGAGCGCUGGCAUUUCCUCAUGCUCAAUGACCACGGGAGGAACCGGAAGUACCAGCAAGCCAUCCAGAAGGCUGUCCGCAAAGGCUGCAACUCCGUACUUGAUAUAGGUACUGGCACUGGAAUUCUUGGCAUGUGUGCAAAGAAGGCGGGAGCUGCUGAGGUGUACGCCUGUGAGCUUUCCAAGACCAUGUAUGAACUGGCCUGUGAAGUGGUGGCUGCUAAUGGAAUGGAUGGUAGCAUUAAGAUCAUCCAUAAAAAGUCUCUGGAGAUGGAGGUCCCAAAGGAUAUCCCCCAUAGGGUGUCUUUGGUGGUGACGGAGACAGUAGAUGCAGGAUUGUUUGGAGAGGGCAUCAUAGAGAGUCUCAUUCAUGCCUGGCACAAUCUGCUGCUGCCUCCAAAGAGGGACCAGGGUGACUCGGGAGAUGAGUCUACCACUGGAAGAGUCAUCCCUGCAGGAGCCACAGUGUUUGGUAUGGCUGUCGAGUGCCUUGAGAUCCGCCGGCAUCACAGACUCUGUGUUACGGAAGUGGGUGGUCUGUCCAUUGCUGAAGCAGGCGAGCUCCAUAGUACAGUGAGCUGUAACUCCGAGCCAGAUGACUCCAUAGAACCAUACACAACAGAAAGACUUAGCAGGCUUCCAGGCGGAUACAAAUGUCUCACAGAGCCAUUCACAACCCUCUCUAUAGAUUUCAACAAUGUGCAGGAGCUGGAGGGCCUGAGCUCCAGGGAGGUCCAAGAGAUCCGGCUGCCCGUCACUCAGGAAGGAGAGCUGGACGCUCUGGCUGUAUGGUUCCAGCUCCACCUGGAUGAGGAGAACAGUCUGUCCACUGGACCCCAGGAGGACACGUGCUGGGAGCAAGCCAUCUACCCUGUCCACAUUCCUAAGAGGUUUGAACUGAAGCCACGAGACGAGCUGAUCGUCGAAAUCUCGUGCCGUGACGCCUUCCUGCGGCUCAGCUGUGUCGCCGUGCUGAGAGACGGUCAGACAAUCCAUCUAGAAAAGCGUAUGGGUUCGCCUCCCCCCGGAGACCUCACUCCUAACCCCAACCCUGAAGUGGAACUGUGCAGCGCAUUAGCAGGUCUGCAGACUAAUCACAGUCAAGCUGAGGCCCUCUGCAUGUUGGAAUCUUCAGAGAUGGCACUCUUGAACAAUCGGGAUUACCAUCAAAGUUUUAGUUCUGCGUUAACCAAGCUCAUCUCCCAACUGAAAACUAAGCACCAGAACCACGAGCGAGGGUCGGCUUUCCACUCUGACCCAGCCGUGUCCUCGCCCGCCAGCAGCCUCCUCUAUGUGCUGGACGUGUCCGAGGGGUUCUCUCUGCUAUCCCUCAUGGCAGCUAAGCAAGGUCAUGUGAAAGCUUACAGUUCUGUGGAGAAGACCAAGCAACAGGAAGUGCUGAGGAGACUCGCUUGCUCUAAUGGCAUCUCAGAGCAACAUUUAGAGUUUUGGCUUAACCACAUAGAGGACGAGCGGGGAAUGCUGAAGAGGCCGUCCAGGGAAAAGCUGUGGAGUGCCAUCAUCCUGGACUGUGUGGAAACGUGUGGCCUCAUAAGACAGAAGCUGAUGGAGAAAGCAUCACUAGCCAGGUGUCUGCUGGAGGAAGGAGGACAUAUUUUCCCACAGAAGAUUGUGGUGUAUGGCAUGUUGGUGGAAUCUUACACCUUGCUACUGGAAAGUGCUGUCCAGGGUCAGGAGCCAACACUGGGAUUUAAUAUAGCUCCUUUCAUCAACCAGUUCACUGUGCCAGUUCAUGUGUUUCUGGACUUUUCCACACUGGAGUGCAGACAUCUCAGCAAGGCUGCGGAGCUCUUUGUUCUUGACCUUAUGGAUACCAACGCAAACUACACAAACAGAGAUGUCAAGGUCCAGGUCAUGUCUGCAGGCAGACUAACAGCUGUCCCCUUCUGGUAUCAUAUCUACCUGGACCAAGAGAUCAGUGUCAGCACCCUCAGCCAGAACUCCCACUGGAAGCAGGCCGCGGUUGUUCUGCCAAAACCCAUCGAGGUACAAGCAGGAGACUGGGUCCGCCUCGCUGUGAAGCUUCACAAAAGCACCAUCUCUAUUGCAGCCCAUGUAGAGAACCCCCCCACACAGAUGGACUGA